AUGAACAGGUUACCAGCACCUACCUGCGAGGAGAGGAAACCGGGCGUUGGUUCCUCAGCUGCAGACCCCCAAACCUCGCUGGAGCCCCCCUCCACCGACGCGGGCCUCUGCUGCGGCCCUGGCGCGCUGCUGGGGCCCCACAACUGUUUCCCGGCGCAGCCGUGCUACCCGGCGUACGCAUACCACUACGACCUGAGCGGGGCCGUUCCCGGCGGCGCGUACGCCGUUCCGAAGGAGGAAUAUCCUUACGUGCACGGCGCGUGCCCGUCACCACUGCAGGACAGCGACACACACAGGAACAGAGAAACAGAGACUUGCCCAAGUUUAGAUUUUAGAAUUGGUCUCAUUAAUUUUUCAGGGAAAGAAGAACCAGAAGUGGAAGUCCGAAUGGUGAAUGGAAAGCCCAAGAAGGUGCGCAAACCCCGGACCAUCUAUUCCAGCUACCAGCUGGCCGUCCUGCAGAGGAGGUUCCAGUCGGCUCAGUACCUGGCGCUGCCAGAACGGGCCGAGCUGGCUGCACAGCUGGGGCUCACACAGACCCAGGUUAAAAUUUGGUUCCAGAAUCGUCGCUCCAAGUUCAAGAAGCUCUACAAGAAUGGAGAAUUUCCUCUGGGAGACAUGCGUCUAGAAAACAGUCCAGAUGCCAGCGACCCCAUGGCCUGCAACUCCCCCCCCUCCCCAGCGGUGUGGGACAACAACAGCAGCAGCAGAACAGUGAUGGAUCCUCCCAUCAGGCCACAGGACACCUACCAACCCCAGAUCAACCUGUCCCCCACUCACAUGGAGAGCUACACACACCACAACUGGUACCAGCAGCAGGGGGGGCAGUUAGGUUUGCCCCAACCGGAGCACACACAGCAUGACCGUCCCGCAGUGCCUCCACAUAUGGGUGCAGUCUGCUGAAACAUCUGAAGUGGAGCAGUCACUUUGCCCCCCCGUUCAGCCGUAAAACUGAUUGAUGGGGGUUGGUAGCUGCUUCCAGGCUGUUUCUGUGGAUCUAUAGUCUGAAAUGUCAACACAUGUAUGAACAAACAUUCCCUUUCAUGUUCUCAUUCUGAAUCGGAUCUUUGUAGAAUUUUAAACAACGGAGGUUCUCAGGUUCAGGACAGAGCAGUGUUGGGAGUAACUUAUUACAAAAGGACUGUAUGCCAGUAAAAUAUGACUGUUUGUUCUAAUUAUGUACUGGAAGGUAUUACAUUUGAGUUUUCAGGAAUAUUUCAUGUAAGUGGGGUAUUACAACAGACCAAAAAUAUUUGUUUUGUGUUUUUUAGCAAUAAAAUGAGACGAGAACAA